AUGAGUCCUCCUUCUGUCGCCCUCUCUACAAGGUACACGCUCGACCCUUGCGCAGCAAAUCUGCCUAUCCACCUUCAAUCCACUUCAGCCCAGAGGGCACCACACAUUCCUCGGAUCGCCUCCCCCAUUCCACUGUUUCUCAUACCGCCUGCGCUGAUUCCCCGAGUCCCUGACGGGUGUCCAGGAUGUGAUAUGCACCGGCGAUGCAGAGUUGCAGUGCCGCUCCUUGCCUCACCUCGCGCCUCACCCCUUGCCCCUCAUCAACAAGCAACGUCAGUCCUCCUCAUCUUGCAGCUUGAUGCUGAGGCAACGAGCCCCCUUGGCCUGCUUACGAGUCCGGAGACGAUCUCGUUCUUGUUCGUACUUGGGUGUUGGGCGUCCUUGCCCACCAAGUUUUCCCCGAUAUCCCUCGAUUUCUCCACUACGACACAUUUGGCCCAGUCUCGUGAUGCGCAACGGAUGGCAACUCCUAGGAGACUCCUUUCUUGCUUGUCACAAUACCAGGUGGUGCAGACGCUUGGUUGGGCUACGCCACUGCGUGCUCGCCCGCAACUUGGACGGAAACGGCAUCUUGGACUCUUCUACAUUGUAUUUGUACUGACUUCAAAUUGCACCGAACCAACCCGUUGCUGUUGGGAAACUAACUCUCUUGAGGCCUCUAAUCAUCGACCUUAA